GUGAAGUUUUGCUGGGUGUUUGUGCUUAGUCCUAUGCUUUCCCUGAGUAUCUUCUAUCAGGAAUUGUCAGAAGGUAGUAAGCAAGAAGGACAGUGGCUGUAGGAGGCAGUAGAGCCUUUCCCAUUGGAAGUCUAUAGGCUGCUUUGUGAGUAGCUUUGGACAAAGGAAUGGAAUCCAGCAGAUGCCCAUCUAUGUGGUAGUAGCAGAACUACGAUGAAAUGAUGCUGAUCUGAGGAAGAAGAUAAGAUGCAGAACAGCUCCAUCACAUUCAGGUUGCACAACUUACAGCUUCCCUUUUCCAGCACCUGGAAAUAUGGGAUCCUGGCAUUAGCCAUCCUCUUGCUCCUGGGGGCCUUGACCAUCCUGGCUUACCAGAUAUGCCAGCUUCAGAAACACAGCAGGACUGGGAAAAAGAAGAAAUACGGCAGUGAAGACGGGGUGAAGAUGAGGGCACAGAAUGGCCUGUGGGGGAAGAAGAUGCCGCCUCUUCUGCUUGACAGCAGCCAGCAGAGUGACGUGGAUAUGGAGGCAUGUACAUCAGUGCUGGGCAAGGCUGAGAGCCAUAUGAAGUCCAGUGCUGGGGGAAGUGAAAAACCUGCAGUGCAAUUUUUGGGAAAGCUGAUGACUAACUCGAUCUCAAGUUUCACUUCUACUUACUCCUCCUUUAUACAGCAUCUGUUCAAUCUGAGGGCAGGAGCAAUGAUGGCGGAACUGGGAGCAGGACCGGAGGCACCCCAUCCCUGCCUCUCCUGCAGCAUCACUGAAGACCCAAGCAGUGACCCGAGCCCCCUGCCCAUCUCCCAGGGCAGUCUGAAGUUCUCCCUCCUGUACCACAAGGAGCAAUGCGAGUUGCUGGUGAGCGGCCUGGAGGUGCGGGGCCUGCCCAGCCGCAGGCACACUGAGGUGGCAGUCUGGCUCCGACUGCUGCGGCGGGUCCCAUCCCACAUCCCUGGGCUCCAGUGUGUGGUCCAGGAGUGGCAGAGCCGGGCGGUGAAGAACUGCAAUGGGACGACCUUUGGGGAGCUCUUUGUCUGCUCCCUGCAGGAUGCUGAGAUGGAGAGGAGCACCCUGAAGAUGGAGGUCCAACAUUUUGACAAAUACUCCAGGAAUGCCACACUAGGGGAAGUCAGGGUUGCCCUGAGCCAGCUAAAGGCUUCCCAGAACUUGUUUUUUUGUGCAGAACUGCAGAAGGCCACAAAGGACGUCGUGGGAGAGGUGCUGCUGUCUCUGAGGUGCCUGCCCAUAUCCCAAAGGAUGGAGGUUGGGCUCCUCAAGGCAAAAACCUACCCCCCUUGCAGUGCUGCAGAAAAGAGCAUAUACGCAAGAAUAGAUGUUUCCUGCAGACGCCACAGGCAGAAGCACCAGAAGUCCAGGCCGCAGGCACACACUUCACUCAUCAUUUUCAAUGAGACCUUUCUGUUCCCCAUGCCCCAAGCUGCAGCGUGGGACAGCUCUGUGCUCGUCUCCCUUUAUGAAGUGGGCCCUGAGCCCAGGCACCUCAUUGGGCAGGCCACUGUGGGUAGGAACACGGCAAGCAAGGCAGCUGACCACUGGGACCUCAUGGCCAAGUCCAUCCAGCAGCCUGUAGCCCAGUGGCAUCCUCUCCUCAUUUAGAGGGGAGGACUUCUGUAGCUCCUUGUGGUGGUCUGGCUGAGUUUUCUUGCACAAAUGAGCAGCAAUCACAGCGAAUAUAUCUAAAAGAUGAGUCAGAGCUUGACGUAUUGGUAAGAUUCAGGUAACUUCUCCUUUAGCUUCCUUCCACUGCUUCUGCUGCUCAUGGUGGUCCCAUGUCACAUUCAGUAGAGCAGUAGGAUCUGAGAAGUGCCCGGGGCUGGAGGGAACUGGUCCCUGUGGCAGGAAAUAGGGCAGUGGGCAUUGCAGGGCAGGCACUAAGUAGGAAAGAGGAAAAAGAGGUGGAAGAAGGAGUCCCUGCUCCUAUUCAUGAAAUAAGGAGGCACCAAAAAGUGAAGUGAUUUGCAUCAGUUCAAACCAGACAUGGAUUCUGGGACCGACAUGCUUGUAGACCUGGGUAUGCUUGCAUCUCUGUCUUACCCUUCUGAAUUUUGAUGUUUUUUGGCCUUGGCGAUUUUCUGGGGCACAUUCAUUGUAUACGUGCAAAUAAAUAAAUGUAAAGGCAAGAAGACAUUUCACAGCUUAAAAUGUCACCCAUCUCUCUGUCCUGGUCUGAUAUGAGGAGUCCCUUUUGCCAUUCCCUAUACUCCUGCCGCACCUCCUGGCUCCUGUCCCAGGUUUUCAGAGCACACAUUCCUUCACUCAGCAGCCCCCUUCCUGCCUGCCUGCUGAGGGCUGGAGCUCCACUUUUCCUUUUUAAUGCCUUUUUCUUUGCUAUGCUCCCCAGAACUCCCGCCCCCACUCAAUCACAAGAUGUGUCACCUUAGGAGAAAACUGUUGGAUGCGUGGAUGGCUUUUGCAUAGAGCACAACCCCCCCCAAAAAAACCUU